AUGCAGCUUAGCACAAUGACCGGGGCCCUUGUGGCCUUGGGUUUAUUGCAAAACGCUGUAGCUGAUACAUCAAGCGCUCAGCGGGCAAUGGAAUCGUUUCUGAGCAAUCAUCCCAUCAGUACUCGAUCAGCACCCCAGUCCCAGAGUACUCCCCAUCUGAGUAGCCUCAAAGCUGCCGCAUUUUCCGGCGACAUCCUACCUACUCGAUCAUGGCACUUCCUCCGUGAACCCUGCCCUGAAAGUUGCUCAAGCCUUGGCCUGAAUUCCACCGCUUGGCCUGCAUAUAGUCAUCUUGACCGCUUGGCUCUAUGUGGUCAACCCAUGCUUCUUGACUUUACGCUAUAUACUCCCAUCAAUGAGUCGAGUGGUCAUGUCAGCAUCCGUAGCUGUGCUGCAGAUCUGGAAGCCCAUAGCACCUGGACUCCAGCUGUCAAUACGUGCUCUUCGAGGAACAAUACCAUCAACGUCACAUCGUCAUUGCAACUCACAUGGGACACAGCCGGGGGCAAGGGUAAUACCGUAGGUGCAUUGAAUGCAUUGCAGCAGAUUUACGCCUAUGAGCUUGUGAACCCCGCCCCCUGCAAUGAGACAAUAAAUUUUGCCUAUUCGGAAGGCAUUGCAGUGGGCCUUUACAUGGGCUCUGGUCUGCACGGCCAAAGUAUACUUGCCCCUGUCCUCAAGGAUGUCAUAAAGUAUGUGCUAGAAAACGAGAUGCCAGAAACUCUCGUUGCUCAGCUGUGCAGCAAGGCAGGUGCUCGAUACACAACCGGCAUCUACAUCAGCAAGUCUGGGGGUCUGACAGGGGCUCAAAUGGCAGUGCAGACCUGGCGCAACGGUACUUGCGUGGCAUCCCUGGACAACACUGAGGCCUGGAAGAACAUCGAUUAUUCUGUGGCGGUUCACGCUCGGCUCAAUUCCAGCUCUACCAGUUUGGAGCGACGGCAACUUCGAGAAUCCCACCUUCACGGCCGAAGAUCACAUACACAUGGUCGGAAGUCACAUCUGCAUGGCCGAGAUACCGAAUGCACCACCACCCAAGUGGACUCAGGCGACACUUGCACCACCCUAGCUACCCAGUGCGGCAUCACCCCCGCAGACUUCACCACCUACAACCCGAGCUCAACACUUUGUUCCAGUCUCACGGAGGGACAAUAUGUUUGCUGUUCAGCUGGUACACUGCCUGACUACUCACCUCAGCCUGACUCGGAUAACAACUGCUUCAGUUAUCUCGUUGAGACCGGUGAUACAUGUGCUUCCCUCGCGGCUUCUCAUACUAUUAAGGUCUCUGACAUAGAGAGCUAUAAUAAAAACACUUGGGGCUGGAUGGGUUGUGACAAUCUUUUUGCCAAAGAAUACAUUUGUCUGAGUUCUGGAUGGCCGCCUAUGCCAGCCGUUAUCCCCAACGCUGUAUGCGGCCCGCAGGUCAACGACACGGCAACAGUGCCCCAUGGAACUGAUCUCACCACCCUGAACCCAUGCCCACUGAACGCCUGCUGUGAUAUCUGGGGCCAAUGUGGAACAACUGCCGAAUUCUGUACCCCGACUAACUCCACUACUGGAGCCCCCGGGACCGCAGCCAAGGGUACCAAUGGCUGUAUCUCGAACUGCGGAACCGAUCUUAUCCAGAGUAAUGCCCCCAGUGAGAUCUUCAAUAUUGGAUACUUUGAGGGUUAUGAUCUGUCACGACCAUGCAUGCGUACCUGGAUUACCGAUAUGGACCUCAGUCCGUAUACUCAUAUCCACAUGUCUUUUGCCACCUUGAACAGCGACUUCUCGUUCAAUAUCGACAGUAUCGAAAGCCAAAUGACUGCGUUUGCCGGGCUGAGCGGAGUUAAAAGGAUCAUUGCUGUUGGCGGAUGGGACUUCUCGGCCGAUCCUAGCACCUACAAUAUCUUUCGGGAGUCUGUUGCGACUAGUACAAAUCGCGCGGCCCUCGUUUCAAGCACCAUUGCUUUCUUGAAUAAGUAUGAUCUGGAUGGCGUUGACUGGGACUGGGAAUAUCCCGGAGAACCGGAUAUCCCUGGUAUACCCGCGGACACCACAGCCUCUGCCACCAACUUUUUCCUCUUCUUGUUGCAACUCUCCGUCGCGAUGAAAGCGCAGACCCCGGGAAAGACGAUCUCGACCACAGUCCCUUCUUCAUACUGGUACCUCAAGGCCAUCCCCAUUGAGGCUAUUAGUACUGUGGUGGAUUAUAUUGUGAUCAUGACUUAUGACCUGCACGGCCAGUGGGAUUGGAAUAAUACCCACGCUGAUCCCGGGUGUCCUGCUGGCGGUUGCCUGCGCUCCCACGUCAACCUUACUGAAACCAUCAACUCCUUGUCAAUGAUCACCAAGGCAGGAGUCCCCUCCAAUCAGAUUGUGGUGGGUGUUUCUAGCUAUGCUCGUUCGUUCCAGAUGAGCGAAGCUGGGUGCUGGGCUGAAACCUGCAGCUUCGUCGGACCGGACUCCGGGGCGGUUCCUGGCGCGUGCACCAAUACGCCUGGGUACAUCUCUAACGCUGAACUAGCCUCCAUUGUGGAAAAUGAAGAUGUCUACAUGUACAUCGACGAGAGUUCUAAUUCAAACAUCAUGGUGUGGAAUGACACUCAGUGGGCUGCGUGGAUGGAUGACGAUGUCAAGGCCUUGCGCAAAGAGCUGUAUGCUGAUAUGAACUUCCUCGGAUCAGCCGAUUGGGCCAUUGACUUGCAGAUCUCCGACGAUGCUUUGGGAUCAGGCCCUUCAUCAGGGACCACUUCCUGUGAGAUCUCCAUCGAUCCCUCCAUUUGGAGUGAUGACAGUCCAGUCGUUACUGCUAAGUCUGGAUGCACGAUCAUCUGGCCUCCGAUGCCGCUGAGCAGCACCACUACCAUUUCUAUUCCUGACUGGACGACGCGUCUUACAUGGCACUCGACAGUGACCAAAACUAUGACAUUUGCGGAUAGUUCGACCAUGGUGUACCACGCCCACUCGCCCAUUCUGGUGCCUACCAUCCUCUCAAUUCCUCCUGGUUCCUUCACCGGGACAGACUGUUCUAUACCAGACAAGUUCGGUGCUUCCCAGUCCCUUCCCAGUUGUUAUGACCCCUACUGUGGGUGGUACCACGACUGUGAUUGGAGGAACUACAACUACUAUCCCUGGGUUCACUUUCUCCUCUGGCAGUAUCACCUACGCGACACCCUCAUGGAUAGACGUGCAUGGAGGCUCAACCCAUGUGAACAAUGGCACAGUGCUGGCCCCUAUAACCACAACUGUGACCCCCAUCCUUACCCAACUACCACUGAUACCACUACCGAUCCCAUUAUCAACACACGGACCACCCAUAGGUCUACGGCAACCAGCUCAGAUAGCGAUACCACAUCUUCGACAUGCGUACCGAGUUUGUUCAAGAAAUGUGGCAAAGGCUGUGGAGAUGGAGGUGGAGGUGGUGGCGGCAGUGGGAGUGGCAGUGGCAGUGACAACAGUAGCGAUGAUAAUGAUAGUACGACUUCGACAACGACAUCGACUGAACCCAGCAGCUAUCACCACUUACCCGGCAUGGCCACCGAGAUCGUUGAGGAUUUACCCCCGUUCACCACCGACGCCCUCGCAGACCUCCAGGCACUUUCGAGAGCUGAGGCCGGAAGAUUGGCGUCUCUCUUCGGCAAUGAGAAGAUCACUUCUUCGGGCACGGCGACCACAAAGGCCACUGGCACCGUCGGCACCGCCACGGCAACGGCGACAGCGACCGGCGGCAGCAACCCAUUGGACUGCUACAUCUUCCAGGACCCUGGCUCCGGUAGCACCGGCACCUACUGUCAAUGCCCAGGGUAUGAUGGCACCUUGCCCACGCUCACUGGCUCUGCCAGUCCCUGCGACUACACAUCCCUGCCGACUUCAACCACCCAGACCGCGACCACCACCAAGCCUACCGGUCCCUACCCAUACACUUUCACCGAUGUCUACGGUGUUGUGGUUGCUUGUGAAUCAGAAUCUUUCCUCAAAGUUGCGGGCUACUCCCUCACGGAGUGUGACGGCUCAAGCACCACGCUGAAGUCUGUAACUAUCACCGUGACUGAGGUGGUCACUACCUCUGUCAUGAACAAGAUAUGUUCUGGCGGUGACUAUAAUGCUUGUCUUCAGCAAACUGAGAACUUCGGGGUGGCCGCUUGUCCAAAAAUGCCCAUUGCUCAGAUGAAAUGUCAGCAACAGGUCUUCGUAAACGCACAGUCACUGUGUGCGGUUCGGUGUACCCAUACGCCGUCCACAUACACGACAACUUAUGCCACGUUAGCGCCCUAA